UUGUAUUUAAUAAUAAACCAAUCACUUUAAAAAAUAAUUUAAUAAGGGAUUCAUGAUUUACACUUAAAACUGUAAGAAUCAUAGCUUUUCGUUACCUCACCCUGACCUCACAGGGGCUCUUCAGGCACACGCACCCGCCCACGCACGCUCGCUAUCUGGACUCCCAGCGUGACGUAUACCCUGGCGCCCGGUUAGCUAGCUGCUAAGCUAGUUAGCUAGUUGUUGUUACUAGAUAGUUGAAAGCGUACACAGCACUGGGUUACCGUUUGCUGUCGGCUUUGGCAAUGGACGACGACAGCUACCCCAAAACCCUGUAUGUGGGAAAUCUCUCCAAGGAUGUAACAGAAAUUUUGAUUCUGCAGCUUUUUACCCAGAUCGGGCCUUGCAAAAGCUGUAAAAUGAUCACAGAGCAUACAAGCAAUGACCCCUAUUGCUUUGUGGAGUUCUAUGAACACAGAGAUGCUGCUGCAGCCCUUGCAGCCAUGAACGGGAGGAAGAUAUUAGGAAAGGAGGUCAAAGUAAACUGGGCCACUACUCCAAGUAGCCAAAAGAAAGACACAUCCAAUCACUUCCAUGUUUUUGUGGGUGAUUUGAGCCCUGAGAUCACCACCGAUGAUGUCAAGGCUGCCUUUAUACCUUUUGGGAAAAUCUCGGAUGCCCGUGUUGUGAAGGACAUGACGACAGGCAAAUCAAAGGGGUAUGGAUUUGUGUCCUUCUACAACAAACUGGAUGCAGAGAAUGCCAUCCAUAACAUGGGGGGGCAGUGGCUCGGAGGACGCCAAAUCAGGACCAACUGGGCAACGCGUAAACCACCAGCUCCGAAGAGCAUCCAGGACAAUGGGUCCAAGCAGCUGAGGUUCGAUGACGUAGUGACUCAAUCCAGUCCACAGAACUGCACCGUGUACUGUGGAGGGAUCCAGUUGGGACUAUCAGAACACCUGAUGCGUCAGACCUUCUCCCUGUUUGGUCAAAUAAUGGAGAUCAGAGUGUUCCCAGAGAAGGGAUACUCCUUCAUCAGGUUUUCCUCCCAUGACAGUGCGGCCCAUGCCAUUGUUUCAGUGAACGGCACAGCCAUUGAAGGACACAUAGUGAAGUGCUUCUGGGGAAAGGAAUCUCCUGAUAUGGCAAAAACUCCACAGCAGGUUGAGUAUGGUCAGUGGGGGCAGUGGAACCAAGUCUAUGCAAAUCCACAGCAGCAACCACAGCAACCGCAGCAGCAGCAGCAACAACAACAACAACAACAACAACAACAACAGCAGCAGCAGCAGCAGCAGCAGCAGCAACAGCAGCAGCAGUAUGGGCAGUACGUGACCAAUGGGUGGCAAGUUCCCUCCUACAGUAUGUACGGCCAGACGUGGAACCAGCAAGGAUUUGGAGUGGAGCAGUCCCAGUCCCCCGCCUGGGUAGAAGGCUUUGGAUCUCAGUCAGCCCAGGCCGCGGCCGCCCCCGGACAAGUCAUGUCCAACCUGGCCAACUUCAGCAUGGCUGGCUACCAAACGCAGUGAGCUGGCCCCAACAUAAGUACCAAGAGGAUGUUGUCGACCCUUUUUAAAACCACACAGCACUCUUUCUAUCUGAACACCUGCUGUAGGAGGAGAAGGGCGGGGGCCAUAUUCACAAAGCCUUUGUAGACACUAGUUGCUCCCUAACAACCAGUUUAAGAAUUCGGUUUAUAUUUUCGGUUUCCAUUUCAGAAUUUAAAACGUUUAUUUGUUGAUUAUUAGAAAUUGAAAGUGCACUAGGGUUUCUGAAUUUAAUCUAAAUACACCAACUGCAUUUGUGAAAAUGAAGUGUUUGGCCCCAUGAACCUAGUGUAACCCUUCCAUAACUAAACAUUAAUGACAUGCAUACAUGGAAACACAACGUGUUAUUUUAGUGGAGUUAAAAGCACACUUACUAAAAGCCAUCAUAUCACCGCAACAUGACGAGGAUAACAACCCCUAGGAACCUCAAACUUGAUUACAUUAAAAUUGAAUUAUCAAACUUCAGCAAUAUCAGAUUUCUGUUUGCCAAUAUGCUUUUUUAAUAUUUCGUCAAUAUGUUUACUCUUAUCGUCAUACUCGGGGCAUUUGUCUGUCAUUCUAUACAAAGGUAUACAAAAUUCCAUUGCAGUUUAUUUUUGUGAUCAGUGUGUAAGAUGUUUUUGGUACAGAUUGGGCGGGUCACCAUGACUACAAACUGACCUUAUCCACAGGAAUGAACCAACCUGCUCUGGCUAGAAAUGCUUUGUGAAUAGGGGCCCUGGAACGCAGUCUACUUUUCUGUUAUGUGUAAUGAAACUUGUUUUAACAACUGGCUUUCAAGGAGAUUGAAGCGGGACAUGGUAUCUCUUGGGUGCAUUUUGUGUACAAAAACAAAUGUUACAUACACAUCUCUAAAAGCAAAAAAAAGUAUGUUUUUUCAUGUUUUAUAUCCGAGUGAUCAGCAUGUUCUUUACAGACCUUGGAUGGGUUUUAGCCUAGGUUGGACUCAUUUAUAACCCCGUGUCUCAAAGUAAAGGCUACAGCACGUGCUCACUAUAUAAAGAAGAUAUUGUAAAAUCAGCUCAACCCCCAACCGUUGUAAAGCGAACUGUGUGCUGAUUCUGGGGGCUGGUUUCCUGGAAAGAUAUUGAAUCUUGAGUCUUUUCUUCCUUCCUAUCGAUGACCUCAGUUAAUUUAUAGUCAUUUAUUUCUAAUAGCUGGGAGGACCAGCCCCUAAUGACAAAAAUCAUGUUUGUCAUCAAAAUAUUGUUCUUUAGUCGAUGUGAAGAUAAAUUAUCCAAUGUUUUCAACUUACUGUGAAAUGGGAUGUUUUAUUUCAUUUAAGUGGAAAGUUUCGUUGAUUUGUCAGAGCAACGGAUACCUUUCUGUCCUAUUUCAAGUAUUUAAAAAAAAUCUAUUACGACAUGAGGAUUUCACAAAGAUGUCCUGCCCUUUGGCUUUUGUUUGCGUAUGUGCCAUUCUGUACAGUAUCACACUCGCUGUGAGCUCACUCUCCCUUUUUUUUUUAUUAGACCUUGGGGAUUUUUUGUGUAACUAAACAGGGGUCAUGUUGGCUGAGGGUGUAAAUAUAAACCUUGAUCUCGAACCUUCAUUAACUUACGAAACAAUGUACAUACUGUAGGUAGAAAUGCCAUCAUAAAGUUACAGCAAUAUGAUUUGUGAAUAAGCCUUAAUUGCUGUGUCAGUAAAUUCAUACUGUAUCAUCUGCAGAGGCUCCAUUACAAAGCAAAAAUCAUUCUCAUUUGUUGAUUCCCCCAUUUUUAAGUUUGUGUGCCAUUUUGUAGCAGGAAGCAGGUGAUGUUUCAGCUUAGACUGCACGCUUAUGACAUGUAAUUCAUUUGUUGCUUCAAAUAUUGAAUGUAAUAGCAAUUUGGUUUUAUGACAAUAAUACAUAUACGUUGAACAAUAUAGGUGAUGUUUAAUAAUAAAGGAUGAAAUCAAUUUUCCAUUUUAAACGGGAAAACUCAGUAAGUGACUUUAAAUAAAAGAAACAUUUGAA